AUGCGUGCGGUGCCCAAGGGAUGCACGGAAGUGUGUUCUGAUGCAGGCCAGGUGUACCAGGCCACGCCAGCUGCCAGCUGCCAGUCUCCGAGCUGCACGCCUGCUCGCGCCACCAAACAACAUGCGCCGAGUGUGUCUGUCCACGUAGUGUCGUGCUUGCUGGCGAGCGACGUGACACAGUUGCGAAUAUUCACCCCGUGCAAGAUGCCGGCGCGCUGGACGACCGCGCUGCUGGCGCUCCUGGCGGCGGCGGCGGCGGCGCAGCGGGAGGCGGCGCCCGCCCCCAGGCAGCAGGCGCCGCACCCCACCUCGCCCUGCCCCAGCGUGUUCUCGUACGAGGGCCGGCGGCCGGACAAGAACCGCUGGUUCGGCGUCAUCCUCGUCACCACCGAGGAGCCGCUCAAGGGCAUCCGCCUCGACAUCGCCCUCGACCGGCCCGCGCAGAUCCUCGGGAACUGGGAAGGAAAGGUGUCGUCUAAGGACAACAUCCAUUUUACUGUUGUAAACCUUAACAAGAAAAUUGCACCUGGCCCUCCAGUUUCUGUGCGAAUAUUUGUGAAAUUUGAAGAAAUGGAAACAAUUCCACAAGUAAAAAGUAUAAGAUUUAACGGCAAACAAAUUUGUCCAUCAGAACACGACACGCAGCUGUCGGCCGCCAGGCCGGGCCACACGUCGCUGGGGAACCCGCAGACGGACGGCAACUACCCCGUGGUCCGGAGGACGACCACCGCGCGCGGCGACGCCGAGUGGGUGACCCCGCAGCCGGCGCGCACCAAGAGGCCCGACGAGGUGCGCGACCCGCUGCCCUGGGAGCCGCCCGUCGCCAAGUCGUCCACGGAGCUGCCCCUGCCGUGGGACGACGCCUCCAGGGAGACGCCCCGGCCCCGAGUGACCACGGCGCCGCCGGCCAAGAGACAGACAGCGUCGCCUGGCGCAGCGACCAGCAGGCCGAAGCACAGAUGCGGUGUUGUGGACGUGCAAGCACGCCCGCUCGUCACGCGAGGGCAGAAGACUGCCAGAGGCCAGUGGCCGUGGCACGCGGCACUCUAUCAGUCCAAAGGAAUUGAUCUCAGGUACAUUUGCGGGGGAUCCCUGAUCAGCUCGUCGAUUGUACUGACAGCGGCACACUGUGUCACCCGACCAACGCUGGACACUCCAGUAGACCCGGAGACACUGGUGGUGUAUCUCGGCAAGCACCACUUGAAAAUGUGGAGUGAAGGAGGCGUACAAGACAAGCAGGUGUCUGCGAUCCACGUGCACCCCGCCUACAACAGCAACGACUUCCGAGGCGACCUGGCGGUGCUGAUGCUCUCCAGCGCCGUGGAGUUCUCGCGCUUCGUGCAGCCCGUGUGCCUGUGGAGCGCGCUCAUGCGCGACCUCAAGGCCGUGGAAGGCCGCGAAGGCACGGUGGUCGGCUGGGGCUACGACGAGACUGGCCAAGUCACAGAGGAGCUCAUGAUGGCCAAAAUGCCUGUGGUGUCUGAAGUGACGUGCCUACGAAGCUACCCACAGUUCUUUUCCCACUUUGCCACGAAUAACACAUUUUGUGCUGGAUUUCAGAACGGUACCAGCGUUUGCAAUGGCGACAGUGGAGGUGGAAUGGUUUUCCCCACACGACAUGACGAUGGCACAACUGUGUGGCAGAUCCGAGGCCUUGUAAGCAUCAGUGUUUCACAAGAGAGCAAGAAGAUUUGCGACACUAGCCACUACGUCGUAUUCACAGAUGUUGCUAAACACUUAGAUUGGAUUCAAAAGUACCUGGCAAAUUAAAUGAAGAAUUAAUUAGAUAGCAGAAACAUAUGUAAUGCUGGAGAAAUUUUUUUUUGUAAAUGAUUGUGUGUUGUAAAAUAUGUUUUAGAUAAGGUGCUGAUAAAUAAAUAAACUUAUAAUUAUUUUGUUA